GCUCCGUUCCUUCUUCCCAUCGGCCUCGGCUUGCGGGCCUUUCAAACAUGGAGGAGCGGGAGCGGGGGGCGAGGUCGGCUGGCGCCGGGAGCCCCGCGCGCCCGCCCAGCCCGCGGCUGGAUGUCAGCUCUGACAGCUUCGACCCGCUGCUGGCCCUGUACGCGCCCCGCCUGCCUCCCAUUCCCUACCCCAAUGCCCCCUGCUUCAACAACGUGGCGGAGUACGAGAGCUUCCUCAGGACCGGAGUCCGGGGCGGCGGGCGCGGGCGCGGGCGGGCUCGGGGCGCGGCCGCGGGCUCUGGGGUUCCCGCCGCGCCCGGGCCCUCGGGCAGGACUCGCCGCCGCCCGGACGCGCCCGCCCCGGACCCCGAGCGCAUCCAGCGCCUCCGCCGUCUCAUGGUGGCCAAAGAGGAAGGGGACGGGGCCGCAGGAGCGGGCCGGAGGGGUCCGGGUCGGAGCAGGAAGGCGCCACGCAACGUGCUCACGCGAAUGCCCUUGCACGAAGGCAGCCCUCUGGGUGAACUCCAUCGCUGUAUCCGUGAGGGGGUGAAGGUGAAUGUUCACAUCCGCACUUUCAAGGGACUUCGGGGCGUCUGUACAGGCUUCCUUGUUGCAUUCGACAAGUUCUGGAAUAUGGCACUUACUGAUGUGGAUGAGACCUACCGAAAACCUGUCCUAGGCAAAGCAUAUGAACGGGAUUCUUCACUGACUCUCACUAGGCUAUUUGAUCGGCUGAAACUUCAAGAUUCCUCCAAGAAGGAAGCAGAUUCUAAGUCUGCAGUUGAAGAUUCCACUCUGUCUAGAUACUCACAGACAUCCACUUGGAAGUUGGCUUCAGUGUGGGGAAGAGCAGACACUGACCGGGGCUCACACAAGCGUUCCCGCUCUGUCCCUUCUUCCCUGCAGGCCUCUGCAAGGGAGGAGUCCAGGUCAGAGCUGUCAGGGAGGACUACACGGACAGACGGCUCCAGUGUGGGAGGUACCUUUUCCAGGGCUACCACCCUUUCCAGAGGCCAGUCCCGUAAGAAAAAGCGAAAGCCCAAAGUGGAUUACCAGCAGGUAUUCACUCGACACAUAAAUCAGAUUUUCAUUCGAGGCGAGAAUGUCCUGCUGGUUCAUCUUGCACAGUGACCAGCUCAGCCUGAGCUUUGGUUUUUAGAAAUAAAGUGCAUGAAUUGCUGCUAUGCUGUAUCCUAGUGUCCCAGUGAAACUCUGAGUUGGAAUGAUUCCCUCUGGUCCUGCGUAUGCAGAGGACGGAGCAGGCUCAGCCCCCUGGAAGAUGAGCUCAAGGGGAGGACAGGCCUUGGGAGGGCGGGCGUUUGCAUUAAUAUCAAGGCAAAAAGCAUUCAUAGAUACAUGCGUCUGAUUUGGUAUUGUGAUUUACUUCAGACCCUGAAACCAAAUAUCUGAUCUUCCAUUAGACUUAGGGGUCACGAUAUGAGUGGAAUUUACUUUUUAGAUACUAUAGGGGAAAGAAAAGUCUCAAAAAGAAGUAUUGCAUGUCUAAAAGCUAGUGCCCUGAGUACUCAUGAAUUCGAUUCCAAGAGUAGCGGUGUAAAUUGCCUUGGAGCCCUGCAUCCACGUCUUGUAACUAACUUUUGAAUUUUGCCUGACAUGAUUCUCUCUUGAUGAAGAAAUGACAUAUAUUAUCUUUGAAUAUCUACAAGGAAAGUUACCAACUUAUGUAGGGGUGAAAUUUGGAUAGGCGGUAUGCUCAAAGCAGCCAGCAAUGAGUGCUCUGUUUUGAUCCUUCUUCUUAUUAUGGAAAGGAGUACAGGACCUCUUCAGUCUUCCUCUUACCAGAGGUAGCCUCUGCAAAUGGCAUACCAGAUGGGACUCUAAGAUGCUUGUGUGGUGGCUUCUUGUCCUUCUCUUUGACUUCUGUGGCAUGGUGCUAGUGCAUGUACCCUGUGGUAUUGCCCCUCUGUCCGUAGUGUGAACUGUCCUGUGAGCUUUAUGUCAGGAGACUGUGACCUUCAUGUCCAGCUUCAAAGAGUUGUGCAUGAACUCGGUAAUACACAUCACACGGCUGAGAGUCCCCUUUCCAGGCAGGGCCAGCAUGUGUAGAAUAUCUUUCAGAAUAUGGUUUCACCAUGAAACAGGGGUGGUAGAUCUAUUCCCUUGUGUCAGGCCAAAGAAGUUCUUACAAAGUACAGUGGGUAGUGUCUAAAGCGACACUUUACUCACAGCCUGGCUUGAGUAACAGGAACACCAUAGCACCCACAAAUACUUCUACUUGAAUCAUAUUCUGUGCUUUUUCAAUCACUAGUGCAGAAUAGGCUGCAUUUGACACAGACUGUUAGGCAAUAUUGAUUUUUUUGUUUUGUUUUUAUUUGGUUUUAUCUGAGAUAACUUAUGUUCAAGGUGAGAAUAAGAAAUAGCCAACUAGUUAAAAUGUAUGAAAAGAAAACUUUCCCCUGCUGUAUUUGUUGUGUAACAUAAAUAAGCCUUCUGAGAAGCAGGGUGAAUAAAGUUUAGGGAGCUGGGACACCUGGUCCUGCUAGCUGGACCACUGGCUCAUCAUGCAAUGAAAGGUGAGCAGACUUAACCCCUCCGUGCCUCAGCUUUUCCCCCACAGACACCUACCUCACAGGGGCAUUGAGAAAAAAAAAUGAAGGCAUUUUACAGUCUCUAAACAUCUUUAAGUGCCAUGAGUAAUUUUUCCUGACUCUGUUUCAUAGCUUUGUAAGAAUUCUGUGUCUUUAUAAGACACAGAAGCAAGGCAGGUGCUACAUAAAAAAGUAAUCUCAGCCAGGCACGGUGGCUCACACCUGUAAUCCCAGCACUUUGGGAGGCUGAGGCGGGUGGAUCACAAGGUCAGGAGAUCAAGACCAUCCUGGCUAACACGGUGAAACCCUGUCUCUACUAAAAAUACAAAAAUUAGCCGGGCGUGGUGGCGGGCGCCAGUAGUCCCAGCUACUUGGGUGGCUGAGGCAGGAGAAUGGCGUGAACCCGGGAGGCGGAGCUUGCAGUGAGCCAAGAUUGCACCACUGUACUCCAGCCUGGGCGACAGAGCAAGACUCUUGUCUCAAAAAAAGGAAAAAAAAACAAAAGUAAUCUUAGGGUUCAUAGUUAUGAUCCUGUUGUAACUGUCUUCGGAAGGCAGCAGUAUCUUCUGGAACUUCCAUAUUCCAUUCCUUCCUCCUAAGGGACAAUGGAAGUUCUCAGAAAAGUAUCUUCAGUAAGAGGAGAGUAACUUUUUUUUUGCUGCUCCCGCUAUAUCCCAGGCCUCACCCUUUUCUGAUCAUUAUCAGAAAGAAUCCCCUGAACUUUUCAAGGGGUUUAUAUGGUAGCACCAAAUGGAGAAUGAGCAUCUAAAAAUGACACAUCCCGAAAGGGCAAUCUGUGGAAGUUUGUUGUUUGUUUGUUUUUAUUUUUAAAUGCAUUGUAAAGUGUACUCUAGAGCCAGAUCAGAUGCACUAAAGUUUAUAGAGGUUCCAGGUUACAAACUCAAGUGAACAGUAAUCUUUGGAAGCUGCCAGUCUAAAUUCUAAAUAGUGUAUCUGAAAUCUCAGUUCCCAAAAUAGUUGUCAGGUUUAAUCAUCAGGCAACACUGCGUAUACCUGUGUGACUAUCCUCAUCUGCCUGCCCUCUCAUCCCUCGGCUAGAAUGAUGUACUCUACUUUCCCAAUAAGGUAGAAAUUUGGAAUCCAACGGAAUAUAAUCAGUUUUCAUUCAUUCCAGUGCCUAGUUAAAUCUAACCUGACUUAAACAUAUGCCUGUUUUUAUGUUUACCUAUAAUUUUCAUAUAGCCGUAUCAGGAUUGAUUUACCAUUUUUUGCCCAACAUGACAAUUCUGGCUAUGAAAAUUAUGUUUAAACUGUGUAUGAUCUAUUUUAUGUGCUCUAUGUUCCCAUUUGUUUGUUUGGUCUGGACAGUGGUUCUGGAAUGAAUUCUAUCUAGUAAAUUAGUAAAUGUGCUGUUUUGUAUAAAGCAUGAUAAUUACUUUUUAACAGAAGUUCAUUUUUAAAGAUUACUCCCUUUUCUUUCUCUCUUUUUUUUGAGACAGUUUCUCUCUUGUUGCCCAGGCAGUGCAGCGGCGCGAUCUCAGCUCCCUGCAACUUCUGCCUCCCAGGUUCAAGUGAUUCUCCUGCCUUAGCCUCCUGAGUAGCUGGGUCAGCCACCAUGGCUGACUCAUUUUUUGUAUUUUUAGUAGAGAAGGGGUUUUACCGUGUUAGCCAGGCUGGUCUUGAACUCCUGACCUUGGGUGAUCCACCUGCCUCGGCCUCCCAAAGUGCUGGGAUUACAGGCGUGAGCUAUCCCGCCCGGUCCCCUUUUCUUUAUUAUUGAAGAUAUUGUUUAAAAGAAAGAAAAAGUAGGUCCCAAUAAUAUAUGUGCUAUUCAAAAAAUGUGAUCAUUUAGGACAUUAUCACAAGUUGCUAUGGAAAUAACUGAAGACUUCCUCAGGAGAAGGAAAGAAAAUGAGGAACGUAAUGAUAGAGUCGGGGAACUCCCACUAGCUCACCUGAGGGGGGCUCGAUGCAGCUGAAAUACUGAAUACUGAAAUACUAGAAACCAACAAAACUGGUUUCUAGAAUUCUCCAGGGAUUUGGGCUUGGGAAACUUGGUAAGAAUAGUUUUUAUUUUUGAACAUUCAACUUUGGUUCUUCAAAGUAAUCUUUAAACAUGGGAAUAUGUUUUCAAGACAAUUUAUAGGACAUACUUAUGUAGUUGGUGAGGUCUUCUCAAAAGUAUCUACCUUUGUUAGAUAAUAACAAGUGAUUAAGAAAGGGGAGAUAUGGUUUUAUACUCAUAACAAUUUCCUGUGCCAUUCUCUGUACACAGAGGUGAUUCAUUUACUCUCCCAUUAGUAGAACUUGCACUUUGGGCUGUCUGUUCUAGUAUUUGGGAAGUGUUUAUGCUUCCUUCCAGGGACCAUCUUAUGAUCAGAGGCAGGAUGUCUGUGAGAUGGUUAGCCAGAGUUAGCAGUGUCCGGGGAGAGUGGCUUUAGACCAGUCAGUACCUUGCUCUUUGUGCAUGGUGCAUGUCAAGUCAGGAAGCCAAGAAACCAUUGGCAUUAAAAUCUAGAUGCGUAGAGAUCCUUGCUAUGAGUUGUGGAUAGGAGUGGCUCCAUCUAUCCUUGUGGUGAAAGAGUCCAGGAGCUCCUUUAGAGAUUGUCAAGUCCUGAGCGAUGAGCUGCCCUUAAUCCUCAGAAGCCUUACAAAAAUUGAGAUGUACCAUUUCUACCCUUUGAGAAAAAAGAAAUAGAAACUUACUUGAUGCAGAAUGGAUAUUUAUAUUUCUGCUUGCACCAUUUCCAUAGCAGCUGACAAAGGCAAAAUCAUGAAAUAGAAUCAUUUCUAUAAAUUGCUUAAGUUUUCUCUAAAUUUUGCCUCUAGGAAAAAAUUAAAACUAUUCAAUGACAGCUAGCUGUCACUGGUGCUACCCCAAAGCUUUCCAAUCUUUUAUGUAUUUUUUGUGAAUGAAACUGUUGCUGUAGGAAAGUCAAGGUUCAUGUAAGAGUAUCGUGGUGUAAAUAUAAUGGUUUCACAGCUGUUUGAAUUUUUCUUUUCCUGUGCCAGAUAUAGAAUGCAGUCAACCCUUUUUCAGUAACUUAUGUUCACCAGUCUGUGCUUUUCUUCUCCCAGAAGGCUUUUCUUAGUGGUUGUAAAUGCAAGAAUCCUGAGCCCUGUGUUGCAAAGGUGGUCUGUCAGCACUUUCUGGCAAAUUGAGUUGAUGGAUUUAAGAUAAGCCUUUGGGGUUCCUGUCAGUUUUCUGGGCUCUGAGGAAGGGUUGGGCCUCCUUUACUCUCAGUAUUUUGAGUGUUUUUCAAAUGUUUGUACGUUAUCUUGCACUGCUCUAAUAAAAAUGAAAGCUCUGUGACAAGAAAUAGUUCUGGAUGGUUUGAAGAUCUGCGGGGAAAAAUAAGUGUACACCUGAGACCUUCAGUUAGUCUUUUAUUUAUUUAGAAUAAAAAAUAGUUUGAUAACCUACCAGAGUUAGUGCUUCUUUAAAAACACUCCUUGGAAAGAUGGGGACUGUCCCUUAGGAAAGCCAUAAAAGUGAUUCCCAAUACUUUGCAAUUGCUUUUGAUUUUUAGUCCUUUGGAACAAAUGUGUGAUGUUAUGUCUGAUGUUGUGUUUUUAGAGCUGUGAAAAGUCUGAAAAAUUUCAAGGGGUAUUAUUUAAAUGAUGAUUAUCUGGCUGAAUUAUGUGUGAGCUAGAAUCUAGGGUAGCUGUCCACUUCUUUUUCUGUUGUCCUGACAGUAAAGCAAAUAGUAAGCCAUGUCUUGAAAGUGAUUUGCUUGUUUCAUACUGACAUCUAAAGACAUCAGCCUUCUCUUUGGCAACCCUGGGGAUACUCCUCUGCACCAUAACUUAUUAAUGUUUUUUUAGACAAGGCUAAACCUGAAUGACUCUACGUAUCUAUAGUUUCACUGCUCAUAUACCAGCUGCUACAAGAAAAACCAUGACUUGUAAGUUUGUCUUUACUCCUAAUUGCUAAAUUAACUGAAACCCUUCCUGUCUAGGGAGAAUUGCUGCUAGUAAGGUCAGUUUGCAAUGUUCAGCUUUAGAUAUGUGUCGUAUGGGAGUCUGAAAACUGUAAUAAACUGUAUUCAUAUCCUG